AUGCGCAAUCGCAUCGAAACGUUUCACGACUCCCGAGGACGAGGAAUAAACAGACACGAUGCUCGGAGGAAACGGCAAGCAGGCAGGGCAGGCCUCGCGCGUGGAAGACUUUUGAGCGAGUGCUCGCGCACAGAAAGGCCAACGAUGGACCAAACGAAAGCGGCCGCCUCUAGGCUCUUCUACACCUCAUGCAUCGAGAACAAGGACGACUUGGAAGAGAAGUUCGAGCGCUGCUACACAAUUUUGCAAAACCUCACUUCGGGACUCUCUGAGAAAGAAGCCCACGAUAGCCUGAAUAAUGCAGUGUGCAAGGACAAGACUCACGAAGAAGUGUCUUUGGGACUCUUGGUAGUUAUUCUGACUGAGCCACCCAAUGCAGCCAAAAGUUAUCGUGACUUGACCCUUAUUACUAGAGAUGGUUUAGCCAUUGUGUUAGGUCAUCUGAACCAACUAGUACUAGAAAGAUAUUUACGCCUUCACGAUACAGCAAGAAGUCAGUUAUUAUGGCUUCUCAGAGAAAUGAUAAGAACGAGUGUGACAAAUGUCGACAACCUUUGCUCGAGUUUAUUGAGGCAUGCUGCUGGCGGAGAUACCUCAGUGAGAAAUCUAUUUCUGGUCGAUGCUCUCUUGGACAUAUUUCAAGAGAACCGACCGUGGCUAGAUAAAUUCCCAUUCUUGGUUGCCUCAAUUGUCUAUACUUAUCUACGUUUAAUCGAGGACCACACUGCUCCACAUUUAGCUACUCUUAGGCAGAAGGAAGUCUCGUUUAUGGUGUCGCUGAUCAGAGAGAGAUGUGCUGACUGUUUAGUGAUCGGCAGAGAUUUGGUUCGACUGUUACAAAAUGUUGCAAGGAUACCAGAGAUUGAAGCUCUUUGGAAAGACCUGUUACUGAAUCCAAAGUCCUUGUGUCCAAACUUCGUUGGUGUAUUGCAACUUCUACAAACAAGAACCUCUAGAAGGUUUUUACAGUCAAGACUGACACCUGACAUGGAAAGGAAACUGGUAUUCUUAACGAGUCAAGUGCGUUUUGGCAACCAUAAACGGUAUCAAGAUUGGUUCCAACGACAAUACUUGGCCACUCCAGAGUCUCAAUCUCUCAGAUGUGACCUCAUUAGAUUUAUAGUUGGUGUUAUUCAUCCAACGAAUGAACUCUUGUGCUCUGACAUUAUUCCAAGGUGGGCCGUGAUCGGCUGGCUGUUCACUACCUGCACAUCCACCGUUGCCGCUAGUAAUGCCAAAUUGGCAUUAUUUUAUGAUUGGCUAUUUUUUGAACCUGAAAAAGAUAAUAUAAUGAACAUAGAACCAGCUAUUCUAGUGAUGCACAAUUCAAUGAGAUCACAUCCUGCUGUCACUGCCACUUUGUUAGAUUUUUUGUGCAGGAUAAUUCCAAAUUUCUACCCGGCAUUGACUGAGAAAGUUAGAAGUGGUAUUUUCUCCUCACUCAGGCAGAUUUUGGAAAAGCGUGUGCUGCCUAGUCUGUAUCCAUUAUUUGAUAGCCCGAAACUAGACAGAGAAUUGAGAACCAAAAUACGGGAAACCUUCAAAGAAUUUUGUCUACCACCCAAUACUGAUCCAGGUAAUAAGCUUCCAAUCCCAAUGUAUUCAGGUAAAAUGGAGGAACUUAAUAAGGAUCUUGGUCCUGGGCUGAUGCUGGAAGGACCUGGAAAUACAUUGGAUAACAAUCAUGUGGGACAAGAUGAGCCAGCUUUUAGUGAUGAGGAAGAAGAAAUGCCAUUACAGAUUGUUACAAAAAUUGAAGAGGAAGAAGAUGAGGAUGACAUGCCACUUGCGAAAGUGAAACUAAAAAAUGACCAAAGGAAUGCCAAUUGCGUCAUUUUAAAAGAAGAGAAGGAAGUAGUACCACAGUUGAGUUUCAUGUUGGAACCUCCAGAAUUGGGAGUAGCGGUUGAAAGCUUACAUCUGGAACCUGAUAAUGAGGCCAAGUGUCAAGCUAUGGAGAGGAUAGUUCAAUUAGUCAUAGAAGACGAAAUCGAAUCGGAAACAUUACCUGCGUUAGCAUCAGCGAUAUCUACAGUUCUAUUUUUACAAACGACGUCGCAGAUAUUCCCUGCAGAUAAUCUAAAUGACGAGAGUUUGGCAGAUAGUAUAAGCACACCGUUAUUUGUAAUGUACAGAAACCAAUUUCAGUUGUGCAAAGAAGAAGACAAGCGUCGAAAACUCUUAUCUAGAGUUUUGGCAGAAGUUCAAGCUAUCCAGCCAAGAACUGGAUACUUACUUUUGUAUUUUCUCAAAGUUUGGGGAAGAGAAGAAGAAAAAAGAGAAGGCGAACCUAGUAACGAGUUAAACGACGUUAAGGCGUUAGUGUACAAGGAUUUUUGCUCAGAACGAGAAAAGAAAUUAGAAGCAUGUCUUUUGGCAGAUUUAAAGCUUUGCCAUGAAGACGACAUACACUUACUCUGUUACUUAAUCCCUGAUGUCUACAUGGGAUUUCAAAAUGUGGCAGUUGGAAAUGUACACCUAUUACAACUAGUGGUAUCAACUGUUGACGCCAGUCAAUUACAGGACCUAAUUUGCCAGAUAAUGCAAGGUCACUUGAGAAUGCUCAAAAAGGAAUCAUUUACCAACAUUCUGACGGCUAGUCUACAUUGGGAAACAUUCGAGCAAUAUUGCUUCUGGCAGCUUAUUGCUGCACACGACUUUUCUAUUGAGUCUGUCUUACCUAUAUUGCCCAAACUAGAAUUUCGAAACCAUGCAGAAGCGUUGACGUCAAUCCUGUUCAUGCUAAAGCAAGAAAAACCCACAAUGGAGCUAUUACGACAGCUUUUUUGCCGGCACAGUGUUGACGGAGAUAUGUUUGUAGUAGCUGCAUUACGUUACUGGUGUCGCGAAUACGAAGACAAAUUGGGCGAGUUAGUAGCAAAUUUAUUGAGUACACGGUAUCCUGCGACUAGCCCUAACAAGCGGAAGCGGACAACAGCUAAGCAUGCGCAACAGUCAGGACCUCCAACGGGAGAACAAGUACUAGGACACCUUGACCAACUGAGACAGCACUGUCUGUCGUCAACUGAAUUGGAAUUUUAUCAGUUGGAUGGAAUGCAGAGAGCAUUGCAGCAGGCACAAGCUUCGAGCAAUGAUUCUUUACGUAAAAGUUAUGGGGAUCUCUUUGCUCUAGCCGAAGUUAAUGAAGAAAAUGAGCCACCCCCACCUCCACCAAGGAAACACGCUGCCAAUACAGCGAGCGGCGGUGGAGGGAAAGGAGGUCAUAGAAAAGCUGGUGCCAGUACAAGAGAAAGACCUGCUGCCAAACGUCCGCCACCGCGAGAUAGGACUACCGAAAGUAGUGAUCAGAGUAGCGAAGAAGAAGAAAUCAUCAAACCAAAGCAAGCAAAAAAAAGAAAAAAGAUAAACCCUGUUGGCUCUGAUAGCGACUGACCACCCAGUGUCUUCAUGCGACAUAUGGACCACGUGCGCGUGUGUGCAGCAAGUUAAUCCAGUUUUAAGAGUAGUAAGAUAAUAUAAUAUGCUAUGCAUAAUAGAGUAAGCAAUCUGUAAAUAAACGAUACGCCAAAAGUCCAACAGUCCUGAGAUAUCUAUGACAAAUACUUUGCAAUCUCA